CCGCCCCGCCGCCGCCCCGGCCGCAGGCCCCGCCUCGCCCGGGAUGGGGUAAACAGGCCCGGCCUGGAGGGCGCGCCGGCCACUGGAGGGCUCCGCCGGCGAAGGCUGCUCCUGGGCUCCUGGGCUCCUGGCGGCGGCCCCGAAGUUCACGCGCGUCCUGUCUUUGUCUCUGCAGCCGUGGGCUUGCGCUGUGUGUCUGUCUGGGGAGGGGGUCGCCGCGGGGAGUCGGUCCUGGGCGCGUCUCUGCGUGGGCGCUUCUUGGGCUUCGCGGAUGCAGCUGCCUGUCCUGGGAGCCUGGACUGCGCCCUGAAGAGGCGGGUGCGGUGCCCCCCCGGCGCGCAUGUCUGUGGGCCCUGCCUUCAGCCCUUCCAGGAAGACCCGCAGGGACACUGUGUGCCCAGGACUCACCGGCUUGUGGGGGAGAGCCUGCCCAGGCCCAGACUGGAAGAUGAGAUUGACUUCCUGGCACACGAGCUGGCCCAGCAGGAGCCACGGCACUCCAUGCCCACCGUGCAGCCCCAGCCUGAAGCUGGACAGCGGCCGCUGGAGCCGGCGGCCACCCUGGGGCUCUCAGAGCGCCGCCAGGGCCCUGACCUGGGCCCCCCCUCCACUCGAGGAGCCCCCGCACCCACGCCCCACACCUCCUUGGGCUCCCCUGCGUCCUCUGUGCCCGUGCACGUGGCCCCCUUGGAGCCCCAGGGUGGGCGCGGUGACGGACUCGGCCUCGUGCUCGUGGUGGCGUGCUCGGUAGCCGGCGCGGCCGCCCUGGCCCUGGCCGCCCUGUGCUGGUGCAGGCUGCAGCGAGACGUCCGCCUGACCCAGAAGGCCGACUACGCGGCCCCGCAGGCGCCCGGCUCCCCUGCAGCGCCCGGGAUCUCGCCCGGCGACCAGAGGCUCGCGCAGAGCGCCGAGAUGUACCACUACCAGCACCAGAGGCAGCAGAUGCGGUGCCUGGAGCGGCAUAAAGAGCCGCCCCAGGAGCUGGAGUCCUUGUCCUCAGACGAGGAGAACGAAGACGGUGACUUCACGGUUUAUGAGUGCCCGGGCCUGGCCCCGACCGGAGAGAUGGAGGUCCGGAACCCGCUGUUCGACCACUCCUCCCUGUCUGCGCCCCUGCCGCAGUGACCUGAAGGCUGCCUCUCCCUUCUCCCGGACUGCAGGGCCCAGGGGUGGGGAGGGGCAGGGCGCACCGGUUCCCGUUAAAGAGACCUUGUUCUCGCAGUGGGUGUGCUUGUGGCUGGGCCAGGGCACCAGGGGAGUGGGGGCGGGAACCCCUUACCCAGGAGACUCAGCCCCCUUCUGCCGGGACCUUCUCUUUCUUCUUGCACCUGUCCUGUUGAGUCCGAACCCCCAAAUGAGGGGACAGGGAGAACCAUGAGACCAGGCAUGGAUGAGGAAUCCUGGCAACAAUUAAAAUACAUUUCAAACCCGUCA